AUGGCAUCUUACAUAUUUCAAAAAUUAACAUCCCCUAGUAAGCCCAUUACACCUAAUAAACCUAGAAUUGAGAUUGUGGAGGAGGUUGUUGAUAAUGAUGUUGAGGAGGUUGGUGAUGAUGAUGUUGAGGAGGUUGGUGAUGAAUGUUUUGAUGAUUUUUAUGACAAACAAAAUUCAAAAGAUGAUUAUGAUUUGAAUGAAAUUUGUCCUUGUGUUGGUCAAUUGUUCGAUAGCUUAUAUAAAGCGGAGAUGUUUUAUAGAGAUUAUGGUAGACGUGUUGGUUUUGAGGUGAUAAUUAGAACCACACAUAGACGUGUGAAAAGUAGGAAAAUUUGUUCGCGUUUAUAUAUAUGUCGAAAGGGUGGUCGACUAGUACUCAAGUCGUUGGAUGAAGGUACGGAUGUUCAUAAAAGAAGGAGAAAUUGGGAUUCAAUUUGUAGAACGCAUUUCUUGGCGGGGAAGUACGUUGUUCAUAGGGAAAAAUUGAAGAAAUGGGAAGUGACAUUGGUUAAUUUAAAACACAAUCCCACAAUGAUUUCAAAGGAUGAAGUGCUUUUCAUGCAAAGGCCAAGGAAUAUAAUUCCCGUUAUUCGGCAAUUAAUUAUAACAUUGAUUAAAUCGGGUAUUGGGCCUUCAAACACUUUAAACAUGUUAGGAGAGUUACCGGGUGGCUGGGAGAAUAUUGGAUUUAGUAAUGAAGAUGUUCGGAAUGUAUUGCGUGAUAUUCGACAUUAUGUGUUUGAUUCGAGUAAUGCUUUAGAGGGAUUGGCAUUACUUGGAGAAUUGAAACGUAAUAGUCAAGGUGAAUUUUUCUAUAAACUUGACGUGGACGAGGAAAAUCGUGUAUUGAAUGCGUUUGUGCCAUUUACCGGGGUGAAUCACCAUUAUCAGUCGAUUUUGUUCGGAUUUGCCCUGAUAAGGGAUGAGACCGAAGAAUCUUACUUAUGGGUGUUUAAGAGUUGGUUGGAGGCUAUGGGGAACGUGGCUCCACAAACAAUCAUCACCGAUCAAGACAUUGCUAUUGGAAACGCAAUUGCCGAAGUUUUGCCUAACACAAUUCAUUUAUAUUGUAGGCGGCAUAUAAGAACAAAGUUUGGUGAAAUAUUGUCGCAUUUAUAUGCAAAUCAUGAUCACUUCAAAGAAGAUUUCAACUCUUGCAUCUACAAGUCACUAAUGGGUGCACAAUUCGAAGAUAGGUGGGAGGCAUUAGGUUUAAAAUACGAUUUGAUGAACCAUUCUUGGUUACAAGAUAUGUACUCCGUUCGACACAAGUGGGUCCGUGUUUACACUAAACUUCACUUCACAACCGGGAUGACCACUACCUCCAGAAGUGAGUCAAUGAAUUCUUUCUUCGAUGAAUUUGUCAAUGCUAGUACCGGUUUGAAAGAGUUUAUAGAGAAUUCACGGAAAACGUUGGAGAAACAAAAAUUUACGUGA